GUGAUUUCAGUUCGCGAAACGGUUCACGCCUCGUGAAAGCUUAAAACAGAACGCCAGAACGCGCGCUUUUCUCUUAUAACCUCAUAAUAAUGGAAGUCAAAACAGAUACGUUGACGUUCUAAAUCCAUUUGAAGCAAAAUAGUUGGUCAUGCACAGUGUAAUAACGACAUCUCAAAAUUUGAAUAAAUCACCACUUUUAAAAAGUUCGGCUCUGGUGUUUUAACGCGUUAUAAACGUUCCAAAUGCAUUCUUUAGUUCUCGGAAUGGAACGUAUCUGGGGUUUUAAAUCUGCGUGGCAGUAAAAGUGCAGCGGGGGACGCAGUGUGCUCGCUUCGCAGACUUUGCCCUAGAGCUGCAGUAUAAAGAGAGUUAUUCGAACACGGCCCGUUAUACGCAUCAGUUUAAGGUGGAUUACAGACACUCAUUAGUUCACGAGCUUUUUCCACUCUUUCCACACUGACGACACCAUCCGCACAGGACCGAGCACUGAAGAGAACAUCUAUCUGAAGACUAAAGGUUGGAGAUGGAGGCCUUUAAUCACAGAGUUAACACUUAUAUUGACUCUUGGAUGGGACCCAGGGAUCCUCGGGUUAGAGGAUGGCUUCUACUGGACAACUACAUCCCCACUUUCACCUUCACUGUCAUGUACCUGCUGAUUGUGUGGAUGGGACCAAAAUACAUGAAGAAUAGACAGCCAUUCUCCUGCAGAGCACUGCUAGUGCCGUAUAACCUCGGCCUGACGCUUCUGUCUCUCUACAUGUUCUAUGAGCUGGUAAUGUCAACGUAUCAAGGCGGAUACAACUUCUUCUGCCAGAAUACCCACAAUGGAGGAGAGGCCGACAACAGGAUGAUGAACGUACUUUGGUGGUAUUACUUCUCCAAACUCAUUGAGUUUAUGGACACUUUCUUCUUCAUUCUGAGGAAGAACUACCACCAGAUCACUUUCCUGCACGUCUACCAUCACUUCACCAUGCUCAACAUCUGGUGGUUCGUCAUGAACUGGGUGCCGUGUGGCCACUCCUACUUUGGCGCCACGUUUAACAGCUUCAUCCAUGUGCUGAUGUACUCGUACUACGGCCUCUCUGCUGUCCCAGCCAUGAGACCGUAUCUGUGGUGGAAAAAGUAUAUCACUCAAGGGCAGCUGGUCCAGUUUGUCCUGACCAUGUUCCAGACAUCUUGUGCUGUGGUUUGGCCAUGUGGUUUCCCAAUGGGCUGGCUGUAUUUCCAGAUCACUUAUAUGAUCACUCUCAUCUUACUCUUCACAAACUUCUACAUAAAGACCUAUAAGAGACGCACAGGAUCUCGGAAGACCGAUUACUCGAACGGAUCAAUAAACGGUCACACUAAUGGGGUGACAUCCAAUGAGAAGGUUAAAUACAGGAAACCACGCACAGAUUGAUGACACUUGAUCCAUUUACAGUCCUGUUAUUAAUAUCAGCGCAGUAGAGGAGCUUCAUGUAUGUCUAUCCACUUACCACGCUACAGCCAUUUCAUCUUUAUGAGACUCCUGACAUUUUUGCACACUGCAACCUUGUGUUAUUCAUAUUGAAUCCAAAAUUAAGAAAAGAGAGCUACAGUUAGGGUCCAAGUUUAGUGUACUUGAGUAUUUGUUGUUUUUCAUAUGAAAUUUGUCUUGAAAUACAAAGAUGGCUAACAUUAAUACUGUACUAAUUUGCACUGUUGCACACUAAGCUUGUUUGUAGACAUAAAGAAGAAUGUAUUAGAAGAAUUUGACAAGUAUGCAGGAGAAUGUCACACUUAUGAGCUGAAUUAAACACAGUAGUAGCUUAUAGUGUUUAUUUAUUUUGCACAGGCAGAUAAUCUUACAGUCAAUAAAAAAAUAGUAUGUAAAAGUCAUAACGAUACCUUUGAGAAAUACGGAGAAAAUGGAAGCUAUAUAGUUUUAUGGACUAAUCAUGUGAGUUUAGUGAAUUAAUGAAUGUUUACAAAAGAAAAUAGACUGUUUAUUUCAUGUUUGUUGUAGUGCUGUAGCUGAAUCUCAUGAGAACAUUACUCCCAUUAGUUUUUUUUUUUCCUUACAGUAUUACAUGAAAACUUUACUGUACUACAAUAUCACAAUGUGUAGAUACUUUACAGUUCAAAUUAUAUAUAAUUGAUUUUUGAAUUACGGCAAUGAAAAUAAGGUUCUUUUCCACCCAAAUGUGCAAAAAUUUCAUUAACAUGAUGCUACAAGUUUAAUAGUUGUAAAAAAAAAAUAAAAAAAAUAAACACACACACACACACACAUUUUUAAGCAAAUAAUUAUUUGUUAUAUUUUGAUUUGUUGGUGAAAUAUAAGCCAGGCAUGACCCAGGGUUUAGUAUUCAUCCAAAUAGCCCUGUGCAUGCAUUGAUAAAUUGUAAAAGGGGGGAAAACAGAUCACAAAUAUACAGUUGUUUGUUUGUUGUAUAUGAAACUGUUGGCACAGAUUGUACUCCACCACAGUAUCUCCAGCCUACAGAUGUCAGUUUAAACUGAGCAUCAGUCCUGUUCUGUUUACAUGGCUAGUCUCGAAUGAAGCCUUGCCUGCAACGAAUAGUUUACUGGUGUCAAAAAUGUCACAACAAAUCCAGCACAUCACAUUCACUUUUAACAAAACAAUGAACAAUGGCUUACACUGUAACUACGAAGCACAUUUAUAACUCUGUAACACUUUCCCUUUCCUUUCUGAGACACUGAAAAUGCUGCAUAUCAGGCAGUGAAGGGAAUGAGCACAGUUCUUUAGACCCAGUCACUUCAGACACGAAAUCAGUGUCCAGUGUGUUUCGACAGCUUAACAUACUCCUUGUUUGUGCUAGCAUUCCAGAUCUUGCCAAGCGACAUUAAUUUUGCCCUUGUGUUUGAACAAGCUGUUUCUUUAAUCUAGCCUGCUGUUAAAGAGGAAUUUAGGUGUGUUAAACCGUUAAGCAAAGAAGUACAGUAAAACAAUACUACUACUGUAACACUGUUCCAGUUCUUCAUAUAAUAUAAUAGUCAAGCCAUUCUCUGUCAGUAUUCCAUUUAGUUUAAGUAAUGAAAUCUUGCAUUACUGUAAUACCUCCCUGGUAAAUGAGAUGAUGCUGUUAAUUCAUGCUUUCAGUGCAGAAAUAUAGACCUUCCCAUCCAAUGUACAAGAUACCAUUUGCUAAUAGCACAGUAGUAUGACAGAAUUAAUACUGGAAGGAUUAAUACAAGAAGUAGGCCAUUAACAUUAGACCCAAUAAAGUGAUUUUUAUUCAGAAAUAAAUCAUGUGUCAGUGUUUAUUUACUUGCAAUUGUAUAUUGAGGUUUUAAAUAUUGAAAGAUCUUUCUUAUUGGCUUUAACUGAAUUCUACUAUAAUAAAUCGAGUUUCCGCACAUUUCGACCAAUGAAUUUCCAGGACGUUUGCAGAAUAUGAAAUAAGAGUUAAGCAACUACAAACACUUCAGACCUAGAAAUCACAAAUUUAAACUUCCCUAACCAUGGCCAUGACAAAUAAUCAUAUAAUAACAAAGAAAAGGUUCAUCAGUGGAUUUGCAAGAGAAAAUUAUCAGCGCUUUAUAUUCUCUUGGAUAUUGUCACAGAUCCAAUUCCCCUUGAACUAAAUCCCCUUCAGUCCCCAAAUCUCUGAGCAUGUUUAGUUGGAUUAUAUCUGUCCUCUUUAUCAAAUUCUAGACCUGAUUUCUGAAGGGUGCUGGGUUUAAAGACGUUCAAACUGCGGCGUCCAGCUGAGAAAACAAAAACUGAACUUCAACUGAAAAUCCGUCGACAUCACACUUCCCUUAUAAUUACUGAAUAG